GGGCGUGCGAACGAAAAGAAGGAGGAGGAGGAGGAGGUGGAGGAGGAGGAGGAGGAGGAUGAGGAGGAGGAUAGGAGGAGAAGGAGGCCGCGGCGGCGCUGUUUUGCUCGGGGACGAGCGGCAGAACAGGGCGGCGCCCGCAGACGCCGAGCACUAUAAGAGCACGUCGACGGGCGGGCGGGGCGGCCGGCACCGCGGGUGCUGGCGAGAGUGGCCCGCUCUGCCCCGCAGGAGGGAGGAGGAGAGGAGAGGAGAGGAGAGGAGAGGAGAGGGGAGGAGAGGAGAGGAGAGGAGGAGGAGGAGGAGGACAAGGAAGAAGAGGGGGGGCGAUUAGCAUGGCGAGGACGACGAGGACGAGGACAGGGACGCAGAGGCGGGCGGAGCGAGGCCAACGCUCGACGGCACAUGUGGCCUGGCCGCCCCCCCUGGCGCGGAGUGGAGGCUGCGACCCGCCGAGCGUGGCCGCCCUGGGAAAAAAACCUCGCCUGCAGGGAACAAAGGAUGGCGAAGAAGAGGGGGGGACAGAAACGGAGGAGGAGGAGGAGGAGGAGGAAGCGGAGGAGGAGGAAGGAGAGAGGAGGAGGAGGAAGGGAGGAGGGAGAGCAGCGGAGGAAAGAAUUAAAUCGCCAAAUGUGGGCCGCACGGGUGACUUCUUGCUGGCUGCCCCGAGAUUGCGGCAACGGAGGACGGAGCGCCGCUGCAACGGCACCCCCCAGGGACAGCCAGCAGGCCAGACGACCUGACCACGUCGGCCUGCCGAGAAGCCAAAGAAGGCACCACGAUCGGAGGUGAGACUGGGACGUGCUGUCCAAGACGGAGGGGCACUGGCGCGGGCCCGCACCGAGCCUAAGGCUGCGGGCGGCGAUGGCGGGUCCCCCCGCGGGGGGGGGCGGUCCGGCCCCGACGCCCUGCCCCCCCCCCCGCGCCCGGUGCGGGGGCGCGGAGGCGCGCGAGGGGAGGACGCCGGCCGUCCCACUUCGAGGAGGGGGGCGGGGAGGGGGAGGGGGGGGAGGACGGAGGGGAAGGAACGACCGUGCCGAAUGAGUUCGUGUCACGGCGCGGCAGCGAGCUAGAGACCAGCGGCGGCUUUCGCAGCUGCCAGAAUUGUGAAGUGAGACGUGGGUGUGAUGGGAACGCCCCAUCGCGCAUCAUACUCUACCUCGAGUUUGUGACACGUGUGCAACACCAAUACAUUCGUCAGAUGCAGACGGGCACGGUGGUACUCCCGCUCUGAAUAUGGUUCCAUGCCCGGCCCGAAACGAGUAAUGAGGGAGGCGGGCAGGUGGCCACG